AUACCUUCAUCUCUCUAUGAGUCCUCUUGGAGACCAGUGUGUGGAAUCCGAGGCUGCAAACGGAGGAUGGAGAAGCUGUUAGGCAUUACCAGACGGUGCCAACAGUCUGACACCACAAGACACGAUUAUGUUAUGAUGACAUCACUUCUUUUGCUGGUGGAUGCCCUGAAAAAAAGCUGGGCGGUAAACGAAAAAAAAAAUUCUGCACAUCAGACCCUUUUUGUUUUAUGUCCAGAUUUACGCCCGCAAUGGAUGCUACCGAGGACCUACAGAGAUGGGUGUGUGCUGGAGUCACAUUCAGAAGGAAAGAAAUGUUGCAGAGUAAACCCGUGGCGAGCGGACCACUCCAGCAGGUUUAUGUAACGCCAGUCAGUCAGGCUCGGCAGCCAGACCUGCAGAGACGAGGAACGCUAAAGUGUGGACGAAGCGACUUCCUCCCGUCGGCGAGCAGCACAGAUACGCGGAUAAAGCAGCCGUUAGUGGGCAGAAGCUCGGUUGCUCGGGUCCUGGCUGAUCCCGCCGUCCUCGCUGCACCGACCACUAACAGCACGGUGGAGGAUGACGCCAUUUCUACAGCCGACACUCGGGAAAGGAGAACACUCUCCGCAGAGAGAGCACACACACACACACACACAACCGGGUUAAAGCCUGUGCAGAACCGUCACGUCGAAGCCUCGUCGCAGCAUUUAUCGAGUUAAACCAAGUAUAAAAGUCACUUUCUUCACGUUUCUCCCCACCGACGGGGCUGGCUGGCGUUUCGCUGACUGCUCGCGGAUGAGUGAGGUCCGUUCUGACAAAGAAGUCGACAAAAAAGAAGGAGAAAAAAACGGUUCGCAGCAAGGUCAAGCUCGAUGGAGACUCGGUUUCUCCGACAUAAAGUUCGUGUUGCGCGAGAAGCCAAGGUCGCAGCCCGCUUUUGUGGCUCUGGUUCUGGGGGGGGGAUACCGAACACCAUCCGCCCCAGACGAACACCGAGAGAGUGACUGACCGCCGUCAACAACAACGCAGCCGGAGACUGGGUCGUGUCUUCUGUUACUGGUUAACUACAGCCGUUUACUUUGAAACGGAGUCUUUUUGAAGCCAUGGAUGGUGCCUAUGAAGCCACAUCUGAUCGAAUUCUGCUAGAACCAUACCAGUAUUUGUUGCAGCUGCCAGGAAAACAAGUAAGGACAAAACUCUCCCAAGCGUUUAACCACUGGCUUAAUGUCCCAGAAGACAAACUACAGGUGAUCAUUGAGGUGACGGAGAUGCUGCACAACGCCAGUUUACUGAUAGACGACAUCGAGGACAACUCCAAGCUGCGGCGGGGCUUCCCUGUGGCCCACAGCAUCUACGGCAUCCCCUCAGUCAUCAACUCAGCCAACUACGUUUACUUUCUAGGGUUAGAGAAGGUGCUGACCUUGGAGCACCCGGAGGCCGUGCAUGUUUUCACCCGUCAGCUGCUGGAGCUUCACCGAGGACAGGGUCUGGACAUCCGUUGGAGGGACACCUACACCUGUCCAACUGAGGAGGAGUACCGCCACAUGGUGCUGCAGAAGACUGGCGGGCUCUUUGGCCUGGCUGUGGGUCUGAUGCAGCUCUUUUCAGACUGGAAACAAGACCUCAAACCCCUCCUGAACACACUUGGCCUCUUUUUCCAGAUCCGCGACGACUACGCCAACCUGAGCUCCCGCGAGUACAGCGAGAACAAGAGCUUCUGCGAAGACCUGACUGAGGGCAAGUUCUCUUUCCCCACAAUCCACGCCAUAUGGUCUUGUCCAGACAGCACCCAGGUGCAGAACAUUCUGAGACAGCGCACGGAGAACAUGGACAUCAAACGGUACUGCGUGGAUUACCUGGAGAAGGUGGGCUCGUUCGCCUAUACCCGUCAGACCCUGCGGGACCUGGAGAUAGAGGCUUACCGGCUCAUCAAGGAGUUCGGAGGGAACCCUCAGCUGGAGAGCCUGGUCAUACACCUCAGCAAGAUGCAUCAUGAUGCUGAGGCCACAGCAGAGUCGAGCACCGAACCACGCUCCAGCCAGAACCACUAACGUCCCUUUUCACCAUGUUUUUACUACCUGAUCCACCUGCUCCUGUCUGCAUCUUCCACUCGGAACCUCGUCAGACACAGAGAAGCCCUAAAUGUUCCCUUUAUUGUUAAACGGCAUCCUCAAGUGUUACUUAACUCUUACAUUGGCUAAUCCAGUUCUGAUAAGAUUCAAACACUUCAGCUUUCUGAAAAAGAAACAUAAGAUGGCAAAAAAGCUCAAAAAGCCUCUUGUUUGAUGUGCACUUCCGUGCUUAUAGGAGCGUUUUUUUGUUCCCUUUUAUACAGUUAGUUGAACAAAUGGUGUGUAUUGUUUUUAUCGGAGGUGUAGUUUUGAAGUUCGGGUGAUAAAGUCACCAGAGUGCUGGUCCAGAUGAAACGGUUCUGCUGACACGUCGGACCAUUGUAACAUGCUGGCAUCACGUAGUUAAUCACCAGUAAGUUUAACUGUGGGUUAGACUCGUCUGAUGCGUCGCCACGGCUACGACUGGAGAUCUGCUUUGUGUUAAAUAAAUGUUUAGAAAGGACCUUUGUUCUCGUUUUGCCUUUAAAUCUGAAUCUUCCCAUGGCGUCUGGGAUGCGUUUGAACUUGGAGAGAUCAGCACCAUCUAGAGGAUGGUGUUGCUUUAGUGUGAUCACACUCCAGCUUAUUUUACACAUUUCUUAUAAGUAUUUUGUUGCACAAGAGUUUAUUUUUGAAGUAUUUUGUAAAUGCAUGCUACUGGUGCAGACGGCGUGUGGAGGCGUCUGAUUAAAGUUUUCUGAUCUGUG